ACGGGCGGGAGCAAGGCCGUUAAGUGCAUCGCGAUGCUGACGGGUCGUGAGCUGAAACCACGUCAAGCGCCGGGUGAGGGUGUAAUGCGGCUAGGGGGCGGACUCGCGGGCGCGAUGGGUCUUGACAUUGUCGAUGCGGCGGGCAGCGCUGAUGGGGCUGUGACGCUGGUGACGUUCGGGCAUCCAGCACAGGACGCGACCGAGAGGCGGGGCCGGUAGUGAUUGGCAGAGGGCGGCGAUUGGCACGGGUUCGCGUUCCGCAGAGGGCGCAGAGAGGGUCCUCGGGGGCAGAUCGAGGGCACAGUGUCCAUCGCGGACAGCGGCCGCGAAAGGGUCCAGCGGCGGCGAUGACAUCAGGGCGUGCGCGGCGGGAGGACAGGUGGCCGGUGCCUCGUCUGUACGGCAGCAGGGAGCAGCAGCAGCAGGAGCAGCAGGAGCAGCAGGAGCAGCAGGGCAGCGCAAUCUCGAUCGCAGGCAGGGCCGGCAAAGGUUUGCAAGCAGCGCGACGGAGCAUCGGCGAUGCGAGUUGGGCCAGGCGAUGCGGGCUAGACAGGCGAUGGGCAACGGGCGGGCUUGGCGAUGGCAGGGAUGCGCCGAUCGCAGCGGCCGCGUCCAUCAACCUCAAGAUCGUGCUGCGCGGACAGCUCGCGAUGGGGCCCCGUAUGGCCGCCGUCUGGGCGCCCGCCGGCCCUCGCCCACUGCUGCGACCACGCACCACGCACUCACGCCCACGAACCCUCGACGACGCCGACGCAUCCGCGACCACCAGCCAGCCUGUGUGUUCUGCCAGCCAGCCAGCCUGCGUGUUCUGCCAGCCAGCCAGCCUGUUCGACACCCGCCUCUGCUACACACAUACGCCCACGUCUGCACUGCUCUGUCGCUCUGCCUGCGCACCGCCCGCCCCGAUGAGCCCAGGGCUCGCCCUGCCCGCCAUCCCCGCCGCCCCCGCCGUCCGCACCACUCUCGCCGCCGACGCAUAGCCCGCCGCACGCAUACCUCACUCGCCGCGCAUACCUUACGCACACCUCGCGCACACCUCACUCACACCUCCCGCGCCAUGGACGCCCGCGGCCCCGUCCCUGCGGCCGCCGCCCACCC